AUGAGAUGGAAUGAUAAAGGAACUCUAGAUAUACAAAACAUAACGAUAUUCUACAGCGAAUGUAAUAAGCAUCGUCAAUUUUGCACGGGCUUCGCAGUACAUAAAAACUUAGUACCUCCAGUAAGAGAAUUCAAAAACAUUAACCCAAAGAUAUCAGUAUUAACAAUAGAAGCGCAAUAUUUCGAAAUUACAUUCGUGAAUGGGCAUGCACCCACGGAAGAAAAAACACAAGAGAAGAAGGACGAAUUUUAUGAUCACUUGGAAUACACGUUUAAUGAAAUCCCACGAAGUAGAAUUAGGAUAGUCCUAGGAGAUUUUAAUGCCAAGUUAGGAGAGGAGAACAUAUUUAGGUCAACUAUUGGUAACAAUUGUCUUCACGAUGUAACCAGUGAGAACGGACUCAGGCGCAUAGACUUUGCAAGAGGUGGAGGACUUGUUGUGAAAAGCACAAUGUUCCCACAUAAAGACAUCUAUAAGGGUACAUGGAAAGCACCAAAUGGUAGAUAUGUCAAUCAGAUAGACUAUGUCCUUGAUUAA